CUUGCAUCUUUCUUUCCCUUUUUUUCUCUUUUCCCAGCUGCUUCGACCUGCAUUAUUGUUUGACGAUCGUCGGUAGAAACAGACAACAUUUCGUAGAAAUUCUCUUCCUCUCCAACAGUUUCUUCCUUUCUUUUCCUCCUCCUUGUUUAAUUCCAUCAAGAAACCUCAUCAGCAGAAGACUUACCACAAUUUCCCCCCACCAAUAAUGGCUGAAUCCUUCGCAUUUAACAUUGCUGAAAAUGUCCUCUCAAAACUAGCCAAUAUUGCAUAUCAAGAAAUUCGCCUUGCCAGGGUGGUCCAGAGUGACCUUGAAAAGCUUAAGACGACUUUAACUACCAUCAAAGCUGUGCUUUUUGAUGCUGAAGAAAAACAGGCUCAUGACAGUCAGCUGCGGGUUUGGCUUCAAGAGCUUAGGGAUGCCAGUUAUGAUGCAGAAGAUGUGUUGGAUGAAUUUGAAAUCGAAGCACUGCGGAAGCAAGUUGUGAAACAGAAGAGCAUCGGAAAGCAGGUAAGCCAUUUCUUUUCAAGCUCAAACCCACUUGCUUUUCGGUUUAGGAUGGCACAUAAGGUUAAAAAAGUUACUGAGAGAUUCGUUGAGAUUGCUGCUUUGAAAAAUAAUUUUCAUCUCAUCGAGAGACAUGAUGGCCCUGGGCAUGUCGUGCGCUUGGACAGGGAGACCCACUCCUUUGUGCAGGCAUCGGAGGUCAUUGGCAGAGAUGAAGAGAAAGAGAGAAUCAUAAAAAUGUUAAUGCAAGAUCCAGCUGAUGCGGAAGACAUUUCCGUCCUUCCCAUAGUUGGAAUCGGAGGUCUGGGGAAGACCGCCCUUGCGAAAUUGGUAUUCAAUGAUGGAAGGAUAGAUAGGCAUUUUGGGUUGAAAAUGUGGGUGUGUGUUUCAGAUGACUUUGAUCUGAAACGAUUAGUUCUGAAAAUCAUGAAAGCUGGAAAGGAGGGUGAUGGAGACCUUGGUAACAUGGAUUUGGAGCAAUUACAGAAGGUGUUACGAGAUUGUUUGAAGGGUAAUAAAUAUUUACUCAUCUUAGAUGAUGUGUGGAGUGAGGAUAAUAGAAAAUGGCAAGAACUGAAACAAUUGUUAGUGGGAGGAGCUAGUGGAAGCAAAAUUGUGGUCACCACUCGCAGUAACCAAGUUACAAAGAUUGUCGGCACAAUCCCUCCACAAAAUUUAGAAGGUCUUCCUUACGAUCAAUCUUUAUCUUUGUUUCUCAAAUUUGCAUUCAAGAGAGGAGAAGAGAAACAACAUCCCAAUCUUGUAAAAAUUGGGGAAGAUAUUGUUAAAAAAUGCAAAGGGGUUCCUUUGGUUGUGAAGACAAUGGGGAGUUUACUUUUCUCCAAAAUUUCAGAACAUGAGUGGAGACUUGUGAAAGAUAGUGAAAUGUGGCAAUUAAUGGAAAAAGAAAAUGAAAUAUUUUCUGUUUUAAAACUAAGUUAUGAUCAACUGCCUCCUCAUUUAAAGCAAUGUUUUGCUUAUUAUUCAGUCUAUCCAAAGGAUUAUGCUUUUGUUGAAUUUGAGUUAAUCCAAUUUUGGAUGGCUCAUGGUCUUCUUCAAUCCUCUAAAAAAAAUGAAGAUCCGGAGGAUAUUGGGCGGCAGUAUUUGAACCACCUAUCAUCAAGGUGUUUUUUCCAAGAUUAUCAGGAUAAAGGUUUUCUUAUUGAAUUUAAAAUGCAUGAUCUUUUGCAUGAUCUUGCAUUAUCAGUAGCAAAGAAUGAGUGUUCUACACUAAAUUCUUUCGAGCAAAAUAUUCCUCAAGGAGUUAAACAUGUGUACCUUGAUAACUGUGAUUCUCUCGAGGAAAAAGCCUUUGAAUUACUUAAUAAAGCAGGACAUGUGCGCACAUUUAUGCUUCCAGACGUGGAUACAGGUCCAGGCAACAAAUCUUUUAUGGAAACAUGCCUCAAGAGGUUCCAACAUUUGCGGGUGCUUAAACUAUCCAGAUCUAAUCUCGAGAUAUUGCCCAAAGGGAUUGGCAAUUUGAAGCACUUAAGGUUUCUCUAUCUAUGCGAUAAUCCCAACAUCAAGAAGCUUCCGAACUCCAUUUGUAAGUUGCAAAAUUUGCAGACUUUGUUGUUUGCCGGUUGUUACAAAAUUGAAGAGUUACCUAGAGAAAUGAGAUACUUAAUCAAUCUCAGAUUUUUAUCAUUAACUACAAAACAAAGGGAUUUACGUGGAUUAGAACAUUUGAAAUCUCUUCGAACCUUAUGUAUUAUAAACUGUAAAAAUCUGGAAUAUUUGUUCGAAGGGAUUCAAAACCUCACAUCCCUUCAAACAUUAUGUAUCUCUGGGUGCAGAAAUUUGACAUCACUGCCACAUGGUUUGAAAUAUCUAACAGCAUUACAAACUCUAUCAAUUAGGGUUUGUGUAAAGCUUGAUUUGAAUAUGACAAUGGGAUUCGAAGGGAAAGAAGAGGAUAAUCAAGACUACCUCGUUGAUAGUGGUUUGUGUCUUCAAAGAUUAGGGAUUACUGGACCGUUACCAAAUCUGGAGGCUCUACCCCAAUGGCUUCUACAAGGAUCUGCCAACACUUUAAAGCAGUUGGACAUUGAACGAUGUGAGAACCUCACAACCACACCAGAGUGGAAAACUCUUACAUCACUUGAAAGGCUUUGGAUUUUCAAGUGCCCAAAGUUAUCAACUCUACCAGAAAAGAUGCAGCGCCUCAAAAGAUUGUCGAUUAUAGAGUGUCCUAUCUUGAGUGAAAGAUGCAAACCGGAAACGGGAGAGGAUUGGCCAAGCAUUGCUCAUGUCUCCCGUAUAUGUCUGGACGGUGCUGAAAUUUCAUCUAAAGAAUUAUCAACCCCAUGAUUCUGGCAUACCUCCAUUUUAUUGGUAUUCGGACUGGAAUCCCCCCUUGGUGACUGGACUGCAGUACGGUUGAUGUAAUCCCUCAAAUAGAGUGGAGGGGUGUGCUUGGCUUCCCAUUUCUCCUAAUUGUUGGCUUUGUAUAUUUUAUCUAUCUACUUGUAUUAUGAACAUAUUUGAUGUUUGUUUGUGUACUUAAAUUCCUUUGCUUUGAUUGUUCAUGUAAUCGCUACUCUUUAUUUGUUGGUUUGUUGAAUUGCCUUUGGAUUCAAAAUUUGGUUUGGUUUGGUUGGGUGAUCUAUGUUUGUGUUUAGUUUUUCUCCAAAA